ACCAUCACGGAGCUGUCUACAACUAGUCUGUGCACACAACUUUCCUCGUCCAUCUUAUCACUUUGUGUGGUCGACAAGCUGGAAGCACCGUCUCACGUACCGGUAAUGGGAACUUCACUUGGCUCCAGGAAAAACUUCCAGUUUUUUCGAGUGUUCGCUCUUGAAAGGCUUCUUUUCAAACUGAGGGGAUAGUUGUUACUGCUGCAGGGUGCAGGUGACCAAAAGGCCUCACAUCCAGUACUGGAAUGUAUAUAUGAUAGUCAAGACGCACCUAGUGGAAGCUUUUGACGCAAGUAUUGGUCAGCAUUGUUAAGUCGGGUCAUUUCAUCAAAAAACAAAAAAAAACGGAGCGUUUUAACGCGCGCAACUGUGAUAAACCGUGCGUAAAUGUGUGCGUAAAGUUGUUGGCGCGUAAUAUCACCAGGUUAUCUCGUUGACGUCUAAAGAUUCGACAAUCAUGGCAAAAUGGUUCAGAGAUUUCCCCAUCAACUUGAAGAACGGCAGCGAACGAGGCCGCUCAGCCUCCGAAUCCGGUCCGCAAACCCGCCACAAAGCUUCAUUCUCCCGGGACAGCCUGAAGGGAAACGCGCGUAAAGAUAGCGGCGUGGCCGCUUUGCUGGCUGGGAGGACCAGGAAGAAUUCAGCCACCGAGUUGGGCCGCAACAACAACAUCAACAGUGGCUCUGCAGGUGGAACCGUGUGGGAAACUCUGGCGCCAAAAAGCCGUAAGAGCCCCAACAAGGUGGACGCACCGGAAGAGAAGGCUCAGGUCAGCAGGACCUCCAGCUUGGCUCAAGCUUACAUCAGCAGGAUGAUUAAAGUGGACAAGCAGGACAAGACACCCAAACUGAACGGGAUCAGUGAGCAGACGAAGCCUGAGAGUGAAAAUGGAAAGUCUGCCAUCAAAACUACACUGAUCAUCCUGGAGGACUACGCAGACCCUUUCGACGCCGAGAAAACCAAAGAGCAGAGAGAGGCGGAGAGAGUUGGUGUCAACGAUGGUUACAUGGAGCCUUACGAUGCCCAGGUCAUCAUCACAGAGGUUCGCAGACGGGGCUCCAAGGACCUCCUCAAAGUGUGCGUUCUGUUGGACCGAGGCCAGGCGGAAGGGAAGCGAGAGAAGGGCAAGCAGCCACCGCCCCUAAAUAUCUACGACACGCCGUAUGAAGGCAGACUGGAGGGCGACAGCGAGGGUGUGUGGAUCCCUGUCACUCGUCCAGAGUCUGACAUCCGUCCGGCUGGCGAGUACGAGCUGCCCUGGGAGUGGCGGAAGGAGGACAUUGUUCGAGCCCUGUCAGCUCAGUUUGAAGCGGUGGAUUGUUCUCCUGCUAAAGAGAAUGCUUCCAUCUCCACCCGCCAGCAGCAACAGCAGCAGCAGCAGCAGCAGAACCACACUCUGAGGCAGAAGAACUGGACCCAUAAAACACUUGUCUCCACCUCUUCAUCCUCCUCCUCGUCCUCUCCAUCCUUCCCCUCAUCACCGAUCCUUAAACUUUCCCCAAUAACGACAACGUGUCCUUCAUUUCCCACCCUGAAACUGUCGCCCUCUUCCAGCCCUAACAAACCUUCCUCUCCUACCUCGGCGAGCCCCCCACUGGAUGGGGAGGCGGCCAAAGUGGACCCCAGUCUGCCGCCGCUGGACAAGCAGGGCUGGUACCAUGGUUGUGUGAGUCGGCAGCAGGCUGAGGCUCAGCUGCAGCGCUGCAGGGAAGCCAGCUUCCUGGUGAGAGACAGUGAAUCAGGAACCAGCAAGUACUCCAUCGCUCUCAAGACCAGUCAGAGUUGUGUGCACAUCAUUGUCGCCCAGACGAAGAGCAGCAAGGGUCUGGGCUACACUCUGGAUCAGAGUAGCUGUGUCUUCUCCAGCAUCCCCGAGCUGGUCCACCACUACCGCACGCACAGACUGCCUUUUACCGGAGCCGAGCACAUGACCCUGCAGCAUGCGGUGCAAAGGCCGCACUGAAUGUAAAGGCUGACACAUACUGUACGCGACGAUGUGCUGCUGUGGAUUUCCCUUGGUAGUGUUUUAAUUCAAUGCAGGAGCCUAACAAGGGCACGCGUGAACUUGAAUGUGAUUGGCCAAAUGCUCAUCCAUAAUACCCCAGUCACACGAGCAAUAGAAUAAGCCAGAAUGACAUCGGUUGGCCUGUCACGAUAAUGGAUAUAUAGAUUUAUUGAACGAAAAAAAAAAAAAAAACAAGCCCUCAAUAUAUUGACAUGUACGUACUUGUAUAUGCACGUCUCAUCUAUCUGCUAGUCUCUCUGUGGUACACAGCCUGGAUGACGAGAGGGUUCACUCUGCAUGUGUCUGUGUUCAUUGGUUCUAUAUGAAAUGAACACAGAAGAGAGCAAGCAUCUUCUCAGCUAUUAGGCCUCUUUGUCCCAGUAGUGGAGGCGGGGGCUACGUACACGGAGUGCUAGCAGUUAGCUAGCAGACGCGAAUGUGAAUGGAGGCACAAAAGUAAUCGUUUCUAAGCCGAACGCCACAGUUCCAGUGUGGAUGUGAAGCAAAGCCUUCUCCCCGACAGUCAGCGCUUACUGAGGCGUUUGAUCGGCGGGGUAAAUAUGAAACGAAACAUCGCAAAAUGGUGCGCGUUGCAAAAUACAACCUCUCAGUAUGGUUGAAAAGCCAACAGUAGGAAGUGCCUGGGAGAUAUCAGCAACAUUGCACUUUAGCUCACUGUCUUUUCUGUUUUUAUACACCAAUUGCGUUGCUGUGUGUAGUUCUUUUGACACCACGAGUUGGAUUGGUAAUGUGAAGUAGUGACGUCCCGUGAUUCGUGAAUGUUCAAGUAGGCAGCUUCUGUGCCUCAGGUACAUGACGCUUGAGUGCCAACUAGUAGCACAAAUGUGACAUGACACAAUGAUCAUUGAAUAAUAAGAAACCAAAUGAUAAUAUGUUGGGGGUUUUUUUAAUGUCGAUGUUAUUGAUUAUCGUUGAUACAUUUUAGCACAAUUAUCAACCGGCAAAAUUUGUUAUCGUGACAGGCCUAGCCGUCAGAAUUAAAAAUUUGUCAUUUUAUUCCUGGAUAUUCAAAGCGCAUUCUAAAAAUUGUGACUGCAUUCCAAAUAUUAGAGCCCUUUGACGUGGAUUCAAAGUGAAAAAAUAUCAAACGGCAUUCGAAAGGUAUUCGACCUGCACUCUGAGAUUUUUUUGUUGGUCGGUUGAAAAUAAUUCACAUCCACACUGUGCCGGAUUAGUAAAUAGUUGCAUCCAGAAGGGAACGGAUCACUUGAGUGAGAACGAUGUAAUGCACAAGGCACACCUACGUGUGGCGCUGUGAACAGACACGCAGACGGAACCACGUGACACACCAAACCACAGAAGAAGAAAGAACGCACGCGCAUAAGUUCGUCGCCGCCCACUUUCUAAGGCUCAUGUAGACCUAUGAGAAGUGGAAUUACUUCUGUGAGUCAUUUUAGAGUACAAGACAACAAAAUAUCAGGAGAAUGUCAAAUGGGGUGAGUCAUGUCCGUGGAUAUAUUCAGAUAUUAUGUUGGCUUCUCGUCAAAGCUCACUUCCGGUCAAGUGACGGCGAUGGGGUGGCGGUAGGUCAGUGACGUCAAGCUGGCGUUUUCAGAAUACCUUUUCAGGGUACCCAGAACGCUGUUUCCCUGUGGAUGAGAAGCUGAAAUGAUCAAAUAGUUUGCCGUUUUGACCUGAAAACGUUUCCGUGUGUACAGCCCCUAAAUAUUCUUACAGUAUUCCAACAGGAUUCCAAACAUUCUAAUUGCAUUCGGAACAAAAAACUCAGCCGGCUGCCGCUGAAAUGUUACUAUGAAGCGUCACCUUAUUCACAUCACUUCAUACGCCAAGGAAAAAAACGAGCUAAGGCAAGAGGUGCUGACCCCCAAGAUGCCCUCUGAAACGUCACUUACCAUUGAUGCGUCGCCAAUUCACAUCACGUCAUGCCGCCAAGGAAAAAAGGAGCCAAGCUUACGAAUUUAAAAUCCUAUCCCGAAAGUGUUGCGCAUUUUGAAACAUUAUCAUUCCGGCUGGUUCUGCUUGAGUCGUGCUCAGUGUGACGGGGGCUUUACGAGCCAAUCAAAUGAAAAAGUAGAUUCAACUAUACUGACAGGUCAUCGUUUUGUUAUGUUAUUUAUUUGCAGUUCUUGGCACAUUCUGAUAAAAGUGCUCCCAUUCAAUAGUGUUUAGCUUCCAUGCACUACCUUGUGGUGAAACAAGAUACUACACAUGUCAUUACAGUGGAACCUCCAAAGUCAAACCCCCCAGGAAGUUGGACAAUUUGGAAUUUAAACCAAAAUUUGGGGGUGUGGGGGGAAUUGACUGAAAUUGACAGUUUCUCAUUUUCACUGUAUUACUGAUAAAUACUCAGACCAAUAAAUGGCAACUGUCUUCUCUAACCACUCUGUUUGUGUCCUCAGCUACCCCAUGUAUGUGAUAGCCACUUGUAGCUUCCUCGUGGGACAAAAACGAGCUCCAAGCUAACAACAUUACUCGUAUGUUUAAAAGACAAAACGUCAUUGUGGUAAAAAUGUCACAUUUGGAGUCCGAAGACAAGAGGCUAGGCAGAAAACUAGCUAGCUGCCACCAGAGAGGCAGAGUGACAGCCAGGCAACACGUGUAAACCAAGACGCCAGAAAAGUCGAACAGCAAUGAGAUUGAAAGGUGAGCGAUCACGCUCACUGGCAUCGAUAGGCUUAGUCUGCAACAAGCUAUCGUCAAUUGACGCCACAUUUUACAGGCUAUAUUUCAUCCUCACGGUAAUAAGGGACAAAGUGCAUCCCUUGUCAACUCAAUACGGGACGCAUACUUUCAUCUGGUCGCACAUGCGCAAGUCGAUGAAAAAUUUACUCGCAACGUCUCACAUUUUACUGUCGUCCCAAAAUCCGACUAUUUAGUCGCAGUCUGGAGGCCUGGUGUCUUUUACACAGAACAGCAACACAGAAAAUCAGCUUUGACGUGCAGUGUGAAAGCUUGGACGUGCCUCCCAUUCAAAAUCAUCAUUAAAGACUAUUUAAGACCGUUUCAUUGUGUUGCGGUUGUAAUACUUAAUAUUAACUUGUUUGGCCUUAGAGGUUCCAUUGUAUUGCAUGCACUGUUUUGACAAUGUAUUGUAAACUAAAUGUACAGUAUGUACUACAAAGCAAGUAUGUAACAAGUGAAGUAUACACAAGGAUCUCCAGCAGCCAUACUGUAACUUAAAGCUUUUACAGUCUCCUUAACACACAGGUGCUGACACGUCCGAGCGCAAUGCCAAACAAUUAGGCUGGGGCUUUGUAAGAUCAAUACAACUGAUUGGAGUGUACUCAUUCGUCCAUCUGCAGCUGUCACUCAAACACAUUGAUCCGCCCUGAAAAUGAGGCUCAUUUGCCAGGCAAUCUGUUGGUCAGGAGACAGAGCUUUAGCAGUGAUUAGAUGCCUCAGAAGAGGGAUAUAGCGCGGAACAGGGAGCAAGGCGAAGGUUUCACAAUGUUACAAGUCGGCACAAUUGCCUAAAAAUGCUGAGGUAUGCGAAUAAAUGUGAGACUAUGAUAUGAAUAUUAGGGCUUUUGGUGAUGAAAAAGCUCUUUCCUUAAAUCGGGGGUGUCCAAAGUACAGCCCGGGGGCCAUUUUUGGCCUGCAGAUUGUUUUUUAUUGCCCCUCUUGGAAUAUUGUACAAAUAAAAACAAUAAAUAGUAAACAGUUAAAAAAUUAAAAUAAAACAAAAGCUAAUGUGGGGUUUUGUUUAGAUAGCUUCCAUUGGUUUGGUUUUAGCAGUGGUGUGCAGUCAGGGCCAGCAAAGCCUACUCUGCUGGCCUAUACACUAUCAGAAGCACUGACCUACAUUUACAACUUCAGUUCUAGUAUUUCUUCCAUGAAAUUUGUAUUAAGUAAAUAAACAGUCUAUUAUCUUCAUUUCGCAGCAUGUCUCUCGGUUGCGCUGCUUCCAGUACGUGUACGUAUAUGUAUGUUCGAUAUAUAUAUAUAUAUAUAUAUAUAUAUAUUUUUUUUUUUUUUUUGUCCAAUCAGAUUUCAGUUUCUAUGUGUUGCCAUGUCAGUGUAAUCUGCCAAGGACCUCGGGCCUUCAGAAUCAGUAGUGCUGUCACACUAUUAGUCACACUAUUAGUCAUGGGGCCAAUCAGAUUUCAGAUUCACCUCAAAAGGCCAGCUACCCAGCCCACAGGGACGUCAGCAUUUUUCCAUCCUCUGAUUGGUUGAUGUAGGAAAUACUAUAACCCUAACACUCAAAAGUUACCAGUGCGCUUGAAUGUAUCAUCACAUGAACUGCGCCACAUUUAAUUGAGCCUGUUUAUUUUUGUAUGUUUUUGUCAUGUUAGAUAUAUAAAUAUUGAUUCUGAACUGCUUCCGAUGUACCGUGGAGUCGGGAGUUGUAUGCAGAUGAUGUAGUUGAAGAUAAAGGGGGAACUGGGUUUGUGGCUUUAUUGUGCUGUAUUAUGUUUUUCUGUAUUAUUGAUGGUUUGUAUAAUUGUGAUGAGCUAGUGGUGGUAUUACGAGGUGGAUUCGGUUGCUUAAGUCCCAGCUGAAGGCCCAGGUACCAAAUGCACCGCCCGCCACUGGGUUUUAGAAUCUUUAAAGCACAAAAUGUAUCAAAGUGGGCCUCACCUCCUUCAUUCUUCCAUUUUUCUGUAUGCAGCCCUUGAUGGAAAAAAGUUUGGACACCCCUGCCUUAAAUGAUGUAUGCAUGAAGUGACUGUUAUUAUUGUUGUAAGCAUGUAUCCAGUAAAU